CACUGUCACCUAGUCUUACCUACAUUUACCUAAUCUCUCUUCUGAGUCUACUGCCCUUUUGCCUCUUCGAUCUGGUCCCCCGUUCCUGUCAUCAUAUCUGCCCUUCCCAGUCGUUAAUUCCUCGGUGCUCCACACUAGACGAUCGCACUUUUGAGACUCCGCCUAUCGACUGGUACUUCACUUGUUCGCACUUUGGUCUGCUAUUUUGACCUUCUACCCUUUACUCUCAAGCCUGGAGGGACUCUUCUUCGCAAGCACUGAUCUCUAAUCACCGUCGCCACCGGUUCCUAGCUUCCUCAUCCAUGUCACUGCAGGUGGGCGACCCACGGUCGCGAGGCCGUUCCAAGUCUCCAGGCGGCCGUAUCCGCGAUCGUUCCAAAUCUCGCGACAGUCGACGGCCUCCGACCCUUGACCGCAAUUAUUUGUCUUCCGCUCCGGCGGAUGGGAAGUUAAGGGCCAGAUCCAGGAGCAGAGGUGCUGCGCCAGGUGACUCCUACCGGUUCAAUUCUCGUUAUGGCCGCUCUGAUAGCCGGGAUCCUUACUUAGGCAUCGAGCACGGUCGAGACUACUACUACCAAUCUGACUCGGGCGAAAGCAAAGGUGCAAAGCGCGACAGUAGAUAUUCCUCUUCCGCCCAUCGCCGCGAUGCGCGCUACGAGAGUUACUCGGAAAACUCGUACUCGGACUCGGAGGAUGAUGCGCUUGCUUACGGUGACCUUCCUGAUGAUGACCUGGAGCGAAGUUAUUACGGCUACAAAGGCACAAGUCGCACUGCGUCACCGCGCCAUGGUGGUGCUAUGAUGUCCGGUGCACUCAAUCCGGGUGUACCCCCAGGUGGUGCGUCAUCACGCUCUGGGGAUGGCAUCGAAGAGCAGGUUCCUAGUAGUCACCCUAGCUAUGCCAGACCCGACCCUUUCAAAUAUGCUGCGCAAUCUCAGCAUCCUCACGCUCAACCUUCACAUUACAGUGAUCCUCCUCUUGCUUCAUCUACUGUACCAUCUACAUGGGCACCGAUACCUGAGUGUGAGCGCCCGGGGUUUGUACCUCCAUUACCUCAGAGGCCCAAUCAAGCAAUGCCUGGUGCAUUCCCAGCCGGGUCUACUCAGCCUGAGAUGCCUGCCACAACCGCUGCAGCCCCAAUGCCCACGUACAGAUAUGUCGAUCCAGGCUCGACACAGAACCCUUAUGCACCGCAGAAUGGUCGUCCGCUGUCGGUGUCUGCUGCCAAUACAUACGCAGCUGGAGUGGGCUCUUCAGCCCAUCAACGCUCCGCAUCAAGUGAUGCGGCAGUUAAGCCUUCAUAUGCUGCUCCAACCCCGUUUCAAUAUGCACAAGUUGAUCCCAACGUGAAAUACUCAUCCAAAAGUGCCGCGCAAAAUGCUACUAAGCCGGUCACGUAUUCCGCGGCGCCUCAAUACUCGAAGAGCGGCGGUACACAGGCGAAUGAUCCGCCCUAUAGUGGGGUCAAAUAUACGGCUGCUCCUCAACCUCCUAAAACUCCAACCAGUCGUCAGGAAAGCGGUCCGCAGUACGUGGAGAUUGCGCCUGGGAACCGAAGUGCUGGCCGACCUCAUAGCCACUCCGUAUCAUCGGCCCAUAAUCUCACAGUUGCUGGCCCUGAUCCAACCCAACGACCGGCCAGCCCGCUCCAGGAGCCGUACAAAGGGACUUACCAAAGUAUAUCGCCGAUGCCAUCACCUAUCGUCAUUUCGUCACGGUACGAUGAUGGCGUCUCAGACCUAGAGCUAGUGGGCACUAGUUCAGAUGAGGGAAAGAGAGAACACAGACGCAAGAAGAGUAAGGACGAGAAGGAGUUGAAACUCGAUCGUGUGAAACGGGAGAGUAGCCGAGUACGGCACGAGCGACAUGGGUCCACCGGACCUGACGCUCUCGUCGUGAUAGCCCCUAGUAGCGGUCGAAAACGUGUUACCUUCUACGAUGCGGGGCCCGAUGCCCUAGCCUUGCAACAGGCUCUAUCACACACGCGACAUGUCGACAAUAAGACAUUGAUCAAAGUGCUGCCACACUUGACAAGCGAUGAAAUUCUGGAUCUGCGCAAGGAGUACAAGAAGCACGUCAAAGUCCACGGAAAGGGAGUGAACCUGGCGAAACACGUCAGACUGACUCUGGGCAACAGCACUUUUGGUAAAGUAUGCUAUGCUACUGCUUUGGGGCGUUGGGAGUCCGAGGCCUAUUGGGCAAAUUGCUACUACCAGUCAAGUACAUCUCGGCGUGAACUCUUGAUUGAGUCUCUCUUCGGUCGGACAAAUGGCGAAAUCAGUGAGAUCAAAGAAUGCUUUCGGGAUUCACGGUACUCGGAUAGCCUGGAAAAGUGUAUGAAAGCCGAACUCAAGGCAGAUAAGUUCCGGUUGGCAGUCCUGCUUGCUCUCGAAGAGACUCGACAGAGCGAUCGAGAUCCACUUGAUCCAGAACUUGUUGAGCGAGAUGUGCACGAGUUACAUCGCGCUUUGGUUUCGCGCCAUGGGGGUGAGACGGCGAUGAUCUAUAUCAUCGUCCGGCGAAGCGAUCCUCAUCUUCGAGAAGUGCUACGCGCUUACGAGAAGGUUUACCAGCGCAAUUUCGCUCGAGCCAUGAUGGAAAAGUCGCAAAAUCUCGUCGGUGAGACACUUGCACAUAUACUGAACGGGGCAAUCAAUCGGCCCAUGCGUGAUGCUCUACUUCUACACCAAGCACUACGCGAGUCACGUACAGGUAAGGAGCGGUCCGAGCUCCUCAUCUCACGACUGGUCCGGCUUCACUGGGAGCCACGGCACUUGGAAAAGGUCAAGAACGAGUUCCGGCAGCGGUACCGCGAGCGGCUGGAAGACGCCAUUGCGGAAGAAGUAUUGGCAAGUAGUGGAGGUAGCGAAUGGGGCGAAUUUUGUAUCGAGCUAGCUCGCAGCUCCAAGACUCUUGUUGGCCGCGGUUGAAAUUUUGGGUGGCUUGGGGAAGGUUGCUCGUUGGAUUGUUCUUGUUUCUUCCCGGAAGGGACAGUAGAUACUAGUUCCCUUACUUUUGACGUGUGAUGAAUGAUGAUUAUAUGAUGAUGAUGAUGAUGAUGAUGAUGAUACUCUAGCUGGUGUAUCCUCACUCAGGCAUCUAAUAAUGGAGACCCUGUGCUCAUUGGCAAUGUCUUCAAGACAGAUGUUGAGAUGAUGUUUCGUUGCGCAUGGAUACGUGGACUAAGUGACAGCUAUGGGUGCGACGGCAGACACGG